AUGGAAUGUUCAAAAGAUUCUGCUAAAAAGGAUGCUAAAAUGUCACUUCGUGAAUGGCGACUUCAAACUCGACCUGGUCAUCGUUUAGUCGAACUCAAGACUAUGUUUGAAUUCAAUAGUGCUUAUCCAUCAAAUCUUUGCGAUCUAAAACUAACACCGUCAUAUGAUUUCCAAGAGAUUAUUAGUCGCGGAUCUAUCAAUGCCUAUUUUGAUAUGAUUUGUCGUGAUGGUUUGAUUACAGCUGAGAUUGGCGAGUAUUUGGCUGACAAUCGUGUCGAUCUUAUUACCUGUUUCGUUACACUUCAUCAUGUUCCCCAUCUGAACUCAAUGCUUUCUGAGUUCGUUCGCAUUCUACAACCAGAUGGUUAUCUUAUCUUACGUGAACAUGAUUGCAGAAACGAGCGCUCACUUACAGCCAAAUAUCUCAAUUUUGUUCAUGCUUUUAUGAUGAUUGCACAAGUUGGUGAAUUUGCUGAAGUAGCAGCUAAUCAUCUUAGCCAAAAACAUAAUGAAUCUGUGGUCGUUUCUGAAAGUGAUACGAUUGACUGGGAACAACAAAAGUCUAACAUCAUUAAAUAUACGAGUUCAAUUCAAUAUCGAACACGUAAGGAAUGGCAGCACGAAUUAGAAAGUGUUGGCUUUCGUCUCAAAGCCACACUCGAUUAUAAACUACAGGCAUCGGCUAAUCCUCAAGCACUAUAUUAUGCUGUUUACCAACUGAAUGCCAAGUGA